AUGCACCUGAACUGUGGACUACAAAAUAAAGGGACACGUAAAAUUUUCCUGGUCGAAUAUAAAUCUCAGAGAUUGACGCUUUCACCAUAUAUUAUGGAGUCCCGUAGGCAAAAAAAUGUUAAUUUUAAUGCUUGGAACAUUUUUCUGUAUAAGCUUUAUUUCAUCAUUGAUUCAUUUGACCGUGGAAGGAUUAUUUUUUCGAGACUACAAGUUUCGGUCGUUAAAAAUGUGCAAUGGAUAAGUAAAAGAUUAGAGGCAAAUAUCUUUCUUGGCCUGAAUAAAUAUCAACAAUUUAAUACAUGUUAUUUAAUUGCUAGAUUUAAGGUGGAAAAUCUAUUAAUUAUAAUAUGUUAUUUGAGUGAUUUAUAA